CGGGGCCGCUACUAAAGCCCCGGACUCUGGGCCCCGGGCAGCCUGGGGAGGGACGCGGGCGGGUACUGAGCUCCGCGCGCUUGCUGCCGGAGGGUGAUGGCCCUGCGAGGCUGCUGGCUCCGACCUCACUCGGAGUCGGCGGCUAGAGGCUCGCCGAGGCGCGUGGUUCUGGGCGAGCGCUGAGCGCCGGCCCCAAGCACCCCGGGUCUUUUACACAUUCCGCGUCCACAGACGCUGACGAAAACGAGGAUCUGUUCUCGCUUUCGCUGCUCUCAGUCCUCCAGAUCAUGUCCGCGACUCCCGCGACUCCGCGCGGAAAAAGAAGUUUGCCUGGCGUGGACCCAAUGACCUUUCCAAGCUGUGCGUCUCGCUGCCUGGACCGGGUCUGAGCGGCGCUGCCCAGGCGGACCUCUCUGCCGGAGGGCUUUCUCUACGUGCUGUUGUCUCACUGGGUUUUCGUCGGAGCCCCACGUCCUCCCGCCUCUGAGUCCUGGAAGCAAGGGGCGGCCCCCUCCGCCUCCCAGCGUCCCAGAAAAUGGGGAGCAAGGCCCUGCCAGCGCCCAUCCCGCUCCACCCGUCGCUGCAGCUCACCAAUUACUCCUUCCUGCAGGCCGUGAACACCUUCCCUGCCGCGGUGGACCACCUGCAGGGCCUGUACGGCCUCAGCGCUGUGCAGACCAUGCACAUGAACCACUGGACGCUGGGGUAUCCCAACGUGCACGAGAUCACCCGCUCCACCAUCACCGAGAUGGCGGCGGCGCAGGGCCUCGUGGACGCGCGCUUCCCCUUCCCGGCUCUGCCCUUUACCACCCACCUAUUCCACCCCAAGCAGGGGGCCAUUGCCCACGUGCUCCCAGCCCUGCACAAGGACCGGCCCCGUUUUGACUUUGCCAACUUGGCUGUGGCCGCCACGCAAGAGGAUCCCCCUAAGAUAGGAGACCUGACCAAGCUAAGCCCGGGGUUGGGUAGCCCCAUCUCUGGCCUCAGUAAAUUGACUCCGGACAGAAAACCCUCCCGAGGGAGGUUGCCCUCCAAAACGAAAAAAGAGUUUAUCUGCAAGUUUUGCGGCAGACACUUUACCAAAUCUUACAAUUUGCUCAUCCAUGAGAGGACCCACACGGACGAGAGGCCGUACACAUGUGACAUCUGCCACAAGGCCUUCCGGAGGCAAGAUCACCUGCGGGAUCACAGGUAUAUCCAUUCCAAAGAAAAACCCUUCAAAUGUCAGGAAUGUGGGAAAGGAUUUUGUCAGUCUAGAACUCUAGCAGUUCACAAAACUUUACAUAUGCAGGAAUCUCCACACAAAUGUCCCACAUGUGGAAGAACCUUUAAUCAGAGAAGUAAUCUGAAAACUCACCUUCUCACCCAUACAGACAUCAAGCCCUACAGCUGCGAGCAGUGCGGCAAAGUGUUCAGGCGAAACUGUGAUCUGCGGCGGCACAGCCUGACUCACACCCCGCGGCAGGACUUCUAGAGAAGCCCAGGAUCUGUCCCGUGCCGCCGCUGCUCCCCUCCCCAGACACCUCUCCACGUCUCCUUCUAUGGGGGUCCCACCCCCAGCCCUUCACUGACCCCAGCUCUUCCCUUGCUGCAGCCGCACCUGUAGCUCCAGGGAGUUAACUCUUCUCCAGGACUGAGAACUGUAGAAAGGCACACACCACACCCCUUCACACAGAGCAGACGCUAGUUUCCUGUAGAUAUUCACAGCUCAUUUUAGAGCUCUGUACAUAAUGUUGUGGGUCUUUGUUUUGUUGUUUUGUUUGUUUUUAUAUCCUGUUGGAUGCACCUAGAUAUGGAAGAUGGAAGCCAAAUUUAUCUUUAAAGACUGUAUUUUCAAAAUAAAACGUUUUCUUGUCUGUUUCAA